AUGACCGUCCAAUCCAUCGAGAUUCACCAGAACUGGGAGUGGAAGCAGCGAGACAAGUCCGUCCAGUCUGUUCUCGAAGAGCUUUCCACCACAAAGAGCGAAGACGGUUCAGACGAUGCUCAGGGGUUGAAGUGGCGCGCUGUUACGGCUUUUCCGUCGGAGGUACAUGUGGAGUUGCUCAAGGCGGGAAUGAUCCCGGAUCCGUACGUCGAGUUCAACGAGCAUAAAGUACAAUGGGUAGGAAUGGAGGAAUGGUUGUACAAGACGACGUUCAGUGUGGCGAAGGAUGAGAAUCUUGAGCUGGACGCUGAGUUGGUGUUCGAGGGGUUGGAUACGUUCGCAGACGUCUACCUCAAUGGAGAACAAAUACUGUCUGCAGACAACAUGUUCAGGACUUACCGCGUCCCUAUCAAGAAUGCAGGCCUCUUGCUUUGGGGAUCUGGCCAGACGAAUACACUGCUUCUGCAUUUCAAGUCGGCAUACGCCAUCGGGAAGGCGCUGGAGGCAAAGUACGGGAGGGUACGCGCUGGAUCAUGCAACCUGGGAGAUCCAAGCCGUGUAUAUGUACGCAAGGCUCAGUACGGGUGGCGAUGGGACUGGGGCCCGGAACUGAUGACUGCUGGCCCCUACCGCUCGAUACAUCUUCUCACUUACGCCAAGUCCACCGUCCGCCUAAGCUCAAUUCACGCACAGGCCCUCGUAUCAGCCACCCUCAAGCCCUCAUUCGUCUUGGAUCUCGCGCUUGCAGGCGUCGACGCCACGUCUUUGAAAUCUGUGCCGCGCGCCAGCGUUACACUCAAAGACCUGAGCGGAAAUGUGAUACGUACAGCCGAAGUCGAUCUGAAGAUCGAUUCUAUCCAGGGCGGCGAUGGUGAAGGGGGCGUGGCCCAGGUGGUGAAAGUCGUUGAGUGGAACUUCGAAGAUGCAGAAGUACAACUAUGGUGGCCUGUUGGAUAUGGAAGUCAACAUUUGUACACGGUAGAAGUGACCUUGUUGGAUCAGGCGGAUGCUAUCUUGGAUUCGAAAUCUCACCGAUUGGGUUUCCGUCGCGUCGAGUUGAUACAAGAACCCCUCGAGGAGGCGGACCAGUACGGCAAGGGAACGACUUUCUUGUUCCAAAUCAACGGAGUACGGAUGUUCAUGGGUGGCUCGAAUUGGAUCCCCGCGGACAACUUCUUGACCACGAUCACGGCUGAGAGGUAUCGUGCGUGGUUGACGCUGCUAAGAGACGGAAAUCAGAACAUGGUUCGGCUAUGGGGUGGAGGUAUCUACGAGCCUGAUGUCUUCUAUGACAUUUGUGACGAGCUCGGGCUGCUCGUCUGGCAGGACUUUCAGUUUGCAUGUGGCGUCUAUCCUGCAUACUCCGAGUUCGUAGAGAGUGUCAAGAAGGAGGCAGAAGACAAUGUGCUACGACUGAGGCAUCAUCCAUCUGUCGCCAUCUUCUGCGGCAAUAACGAAGAUUACCAGAUGGUUCUCCAGUGGGGCGGUAUCGAUCAGCUGCCAGCACGAGUGCUCUACGAAGAUGUCCUACCUUCUACCGUAGAGCGCCUUACGUCCUCCUCGUCUUCCGAUGCGCAGCCUAUCCCAUACCACCGCGGCUCUCCCUAUGGUGGAAAAGGUUGGGAUACGUCUGAUCCUACUAUCGGAGACGUUCAUCAGUGGAAUGUGUGGGGUGGCAAGGAGAGGCCGUGGCAGGAUGAGUUCGGUAUGCCCGGAAUGCCCGACCUGCGGACGGUACACUACUGGAUGGGCUCUCUCCGGGACGAUCCCAAGCAGAAUUUCGCACAAUCGAAGAUUAUGGCACAACAUUGCCGGGCAGGAAUGUUUGAGAGGCGCUUUGCGAUACCUAUGAAUGAGAUGUUCAGGCUGACAGCUGACCUCGAAACGCAUGUGUACCAGACCCAGCUGAUGCAGAGCGAAGCCGUGAGCUAUGCGUAUCGGGUUUGGAGGCGAGAGUGGAGAGGCAAGGGUAAAGAAUAUAACGCAGGUGUUCUGGUAUGGCAGAGUAAUGAUACAUGGCCGGUGACGUCUUGGGCCAUCGCAGAUUAUUUUUUGCGACCCAAACCAGUCUAUUACACCAUCGCUAGGGAGCUGAAUCCAAUCACAAUCGGGAUAUACAGGACGGUCGAAAGAAAUCGCGAGAAUGACCGGCCGAAGCAGAACUACGAGUUCGGAGCGUUCCAAACACAGUCGGCCACGCUCGCUAUAUGGGGUACCAACAGUACACUCCAGAAGCGUGAUCUGAUCCUUGAGCUACAUGCAUACGAUCUCUGCUCUUCAUGGGAAAAGCAAUCCGCCCAGCCGAUAUCCCUUCUUCCUAAUCAAUCCACGGAAUUGGGCGACCACCCUGUACCCAGCCCAAAUCCGAGUGACCCUUCAUCUACUUCAUCAAUCGUCGUCCAUGCAAGGCUCCUGGAUAAAGAGACAUCGACCGUUGUCGCACGAUACACCGAUUGGCCACAGCCAUUCAAACAUCUUGACCUUCCGAGCGUAGAGAAGGUGGGACUACGGCUAUCGAUAAAAGAUGGAGAUCACAUAUAUAUCAGCGUCGAGAAGCCGGUGAAGGGUCUGGUUCUGAGCAUCGAAGAACUGGAUGGAGAGGGAGAAGUCAAGUGGAGUGAUAAUGCGUUGGAUGUGGUGCCGCAGGAUGACCGUGUGGUCGUGGCACGAGGUCUCGCUGGGAGAAAGGUUAGGGCAGCUUGGCUUGGAAAGGAGAAGGCCAGUGUAGUUUAG